AUCAUAAAGAAUAAUAUUAGAGAGGAGAGGAAUUGGAGCUGAAGGGCCACGAAGCUGCAGUGGCUGUCUCCCUGGAACUGCCCACUGACACGCAUGUAGCAUUAGGAGCUAUACUGCAGAUCAGCCACCAGAGGGCGGGAGAGGCGUAGCUGCGCAAAAUCCGCGCCGCAUGAUGCGCAUGAAUGCCGUUUUCUAGGUUGCCAGAUUGAAAGAAGUACGUUGAUGUUUUCAAAUUGGUGUACACCAUACAGCCAGGACGAUUUGCAGGAAACCUUGGAUAAUUUGGCAACACUGACUAAAUUCGGGAACUCUUGGAUUGCUCAGAAUUUGCGGGAUUAAGAAGAACUUCAGCAUGAACUUCAGGAUCCGAGCAGCGCGAGAGGAGGACUGCAGAGACCUCCAGAGAAUGAUCAUGGAGUUGGCAGUGUAUGAGAAGAUGGCUGACCAGGUGAAGAUCUCACAUGAAGAGCUGCAGAGAGACGGAUUCGGUCCAAAUCCGUUUUAUCAGUGUCUGAUAGCUGAGGUGCCUGAGGAUCUGAAAUCUGAUGAAGGACACACCACAAUUGGCUAUGUGAUCUAUUUCUACACCUACAGCACAUGGAAAGGGAGGCGCAUCUACAUGGAGGAUCUGUAUGUUAUGCCUGAGUUCAGAGGUAAAGGUGUUGGAAAAGCACUGAUGGCGUCUGUAGCUCGAGUGUGUGUAGAACAGCAGUGCAUGCAUCUGCAGUUUUCUGUGUUGGGUUGGAAUAAAUCGUCUCUGGACUUCUACAUGAGUAAAGGAGCAGAGGAUCUGACGAUGGUGGAGGGGUGGCACGUCCUGCGUGUUCAAGGAGCAGCACUUGAGAAACUCGCACACGAGGCGCCAUGACAACCAACACAGGAACCAAAUGGACCAUCACCUUAAUCAACAUCACCACAACCAGCAUCAAUACCAUCAAUAUAAAUGGGAUCAACACAUUCACUGUAACCUGCACCAACACCACAAUCCGCCACAUACCAUCACUGCAAUUAACACAAUCAAUGGCAACACCAAUUCCAUCUGAAGAAUCAGCACCACAACCAUCAACAUGAUCAGUAAUCUUUGCUUGCUCUAGACAUGAUUUUUUGAAUAUGUCAUCCAUCCUAAAACCCAAGUGUUAAUGUGCAGUGUGCUGUGCAAUGGUUAAUAGUGUCAUUAUUCUACUUUCUAGUCCACUUGGAGGAUGAGUUCCACACACACACACAGUAGAUUAGCAUUUUUCUCCACAAAUUAUUGCACAUUUGAUUGUCUUUAUAUUGUUUUAAAGAUGAACUGUACAGCUGCAGGGUGCGAUGGACCUCCAGUGCAUGUGGGCUGGUGUCUUUGUGGUGUAGUCGCUGAAAAUAAACUGGCGGCUCCACGGACCUCCACGCACAAUCUCCUGCCUGAUGAAUCCUGGGGUCGUUCUCCAUCACUGAGAGCAGGACGAAGCUUGAGAUGAAUGAAACUGCAGUUACAAUGAAAGGAGUUUAAACAGAUCUUCAUAUGGUAGUCAUGGUGGUGUAAUAAUUAAGGACAUUUCUUUCUUUAAAAAUGAUCAAAUUUAGUCUGAAUAUUACUGUUUUGUUCAUGACAAUCAUAGCUGUUUUUGUGAUGUUAGGGGUCAUUUACUGCAUUUUAAUGAUUGUCAUUUGAUUUAUUUACUGUUCUGC